ACUCUGCGCGCUCGAUCGCUCGUAGUCUAGUCGUACUGCUGCUUAGCUUAGUCAAUUCUCAAGAAGCCAAGGCCAAGCCAAAGCCGGCGAAGCUGAGGCGCUGCCAUGCCUCUUGCCUUUCACUUUUCCGAGCUUGCUGCUUGACUUGCUGUCAUGUUAAUGGGCAACAUUGGGCAAUAUACCAACAAGCGUGGGAUCCAAGCUCAGUCCUUCAUUCAUGCAUUCACCUUGGCCCAUUCAGCCUUCAAUGUACAAAUCACUUCUAAAGAGGGUAGAUUAGGUGACUUUGUAGGUCAUGAUGAGAAUAGUAAAAGAUGGAUUAGUGAUUUUCGCUCUAAGCCCUACUCGAUGCCUCUCAGACUGGACGCAGUUGAAGCCUCUAGAUAUGCAGCCUUGUUGAUACCAGACUGUACAGGCGCCCUCUAUGAUUUGACAACGGACAGGGUUUUAGGUGGCAUCAUCAGACACUUCGUUGCUCAAAAGAAACUUAUAUGUGCAAUCGGAUCAGGGGUGGCGGCUCUCUGCUCCGCCAAGUCCACAGAAACAAAGUCAUCAAAGUGGUUAUUUGCAUCAUACUGCCUUACUGCGCCCUCAGUGUACGAGUUGGCGAGAUUGUCAUCUUUUUCCAGUCUACCAGUCAUUCUUGAGGAUUUCAUCAAAGACAAUGCAGGGAAAUAUACAGCAAGCGAAGCCGGUGCUAUUCAUGUAGUUGUUGACCGCUGCCUCAUCACAGGACAAAACGAAGCAUCCACGAUCAUGGCGGUCCAGAACCUUAUAUUAGCCACAAACUCAAGGCAAGGGAAACAUGUUGGAUUAUGAUCCUGCGGUCAUACACUCAAGAAUAGAUUGAUGUCAUCACAAUUCAUCCAUCAUAUUGAGUGGCUUCGAAAACUGCCUUAAUUAAUGCUCAAGUUCAGACAUGGUACGAAUGAGCUCAGCAAUAUACAUGUAGAUCUGAAAUUUAAGACACCCCAAAAAAACUUAUGGUGCUGAGGUAAGAGACUACUCUUUGGGGAGUUGCAAGGCGAUCAAAAAUUGGGAUUUGAUCAAAUAUCCAUGUUGUAAUUAGCACUUUGAAACUUUUUGCAAAUUACCUUUCCCAUUUUUUUCAAUUGUAUAGGUACAGAAUUUAUUGGUAAUUUUCAAAAAGAUGAUGUUUAUAAGCCUAUCUGCUCAACUUAUACUUAUUCAACUCAAUUAAAUGAACUAGUGCAAAUACCAGGUGACACAACACUGUUAAGCUUCUAUUAACUCAUCCCCAUUACAUUAUGGCCUGCUUUAAACUAAUCCUCACUAUCGACGAUAACCAAAAUUUACCUGAUGCAGCUCACGCUGUUUACUUGGUUGACCCAGUAACUUCUGUUUCUUGAACGUAAAAAUAGUAUAUAGCAUGAGGGAUUUCAAAAGAAGUAGAAUUUAUAGUUCAUUGCACAAAGUUAAUGACAAAUCCAAGCCGUAUGCUACAUUUGGGAAAUUUUGGUUAUUGUCAAUAGCAAGGAUUGACUAUCAUUUGAUCCAUUCCCAAAUACCACAAAUGACCAUACUCUUUGUUGCUAUUCUUUGAAUGGGAUAACAAGCAUACAUUAAAAUAACAUUUGAAUACUUAUGCUCACUUCAGUGAUUUAAAACACACUCACAGACCUUUGUCUGCUCAGCCAGAAAUCGUAAUUAUGAAAUGGCUUAUUCUGUUCGUGCAAAAUUAUUUGCCCAAACUUGCAAAGUACAGUACUUGCAAGUAUCAGAAAAAAGAUAUCCCAAAGUCAACAUUGCUUUAAAUUAAUUGUUGUAGGUGAGAAUGACAAAACAUUCAACCUGGGUAUUUUAAUAGAACAGAUAUUAUCAGGGUAGUAAAUAAUUUUUUUUAUUUUUUAGGGCUGUUUUUUCUUUCCACAUUGGGGUGAUUGUGGAAUUUUGGGGGCUAUUUCUUUCAUGAGGGCUACUUUGUAGUGGUAACAAGUAAUUAUGCAGUAAAAGCAAAUAUCAUUUUUCUGCCAUAGUUAGAGUAUUGAUUUUCUAAAUAAUUUUAAAUAUUGUUUGUGACAGAUCUUGGGGCAACUCUAGAAAGAAUGAUCAUCCCAAAUAACAAAAAUUGGGGGGAAUUUUAAGGGCAGUUUUGGCUGUCAUGAGGGCAAAAUCGCCUGUCACCCUCAUUUAUUUCCUAUGCUGGAUAGUAUUCUCAUAUUUUUCGAUUAAUACAGAUAAAUACAGAGAUAAUGAACAACUCAAUCAGCCAUCAUUCUGCAUGACUUUUUUACAGAUCAUAUCAACUCCAAUAAGAAAAUGGGGCAUUGCAAUUUUAGAAGAAUAAGACAAUCAUAUGUUCUAGCUGGCCUAGUGUUUCUGACUUUCGGCUUUGAAACAAGGGUUGUGGGUUCUAGUCCUAGGGUAUUGUACAAUUUCCUUCUGCUUUGAAAUGCAUUGCACGAAACCCAUGGGAACUAAAUAAACUAGAUAAAGGACACUUAAUUAUUAAAACCUAUCUGUAUUGUAUUUAUAAUAUCGUACACACACUUCACUUCAUUUCUAAUUAGUUGUGACUGAUAUGCACAGUAUUAAAGAGUGGGGUUAUAGAUAUAAGUUAUUGCAUAUAUUUAAUGGCCCGUAUUCUGAAGUCAGGUUUAAUUUAGACCAUGGUCUAACUCUGUGCUAAAAUUAUGGGGAGCCAAAAUUCAAAAAUUCUGUUUAUAUUGUAUAUUUUUUAUGUUUACUAUAAUUUUGUUUCCUUUUGCUUUCAUAAUGAAGACAAAUACUUCAGUUAUCAUUCACAGACAAUUGUGAACAAUUUGGGUGUCAUAUGAGUUAAUGAAUGGAAUGUGUACUGUUAUGCAUUUGUGCCCCAAUUGGCUAUCCAUAGUCAAACCACAACUUUAAACCAAGGUUUAAUUUAAACCUGAGUUCAGAAUACGUGCCAAUGUAUUUUUCUUUUGCAGUUCACUCACUUUGCUUAGAAGAAUAAAGUAACUAUUAGGAAUUUACGAAUACAUGUAUGUCACUGCCUUGUAGUACAUUGUAGAUUUUUCUUGAUAGCACAAAUAUAAUGCUUGAUGGUGUACAAUCCGAGAAUUAGGCCAUCUGCUCUUAGAUCAAGUGGGUUUGGGGAGCAUUAGUAUUAUCCAUUUGCACUCUAAUUGAAGGUCCUUGGGUCAAAGCCUAGUCUCAACUUUGAUUUUUGUUUCUAAAAGUGUUAAAUAAAAAGAAAGAACACUCCUUUUCCAAGUAAAAGGGUGUUGCAUUUCAUUAUCUAAAGAUCGAAUGGGAAGAAUUCUAUAGACCAGAUUUGUAGUGCCAACAGCUAGAAGAAAUAAACACUGAAAAUUGUUAUAUCCGUUCCAAUUUAUUCCAUAUUAUGCCUAUCAUUCCAUUGUUGAAUAUUUGUUUUGUGUUUAUGCAGUAUUGGUUCUAGGAUACUUUCAUGUAUGUGCUUUAUAAAAACUGAUUUGUAUUGAGCAAUAAUGAACAACCAAGAAUUAUAAAUGUAAAUGAGGAGAUUUAUUUUGAUAGAUAUCAGAGAAAAAUGUAUGUCAGAGUUACAGUUCAAAUUCUUACAAGUAUAUGAUUGUUAUCUUUGUGGGGGCAUCAUGGUCUAGUGGUUGUGACUCUCGUCUUUCAAUCUGACGGACGUGGGUUCGAUUCCCAGCCAUGGCAUGCUUUCAUUCAGCAAGAAAUGUACCCGCAUUGUGCUGCACUCGACCCAGAGGUGAACGGGUACCCAAUAGGAAGAAAUUCCUGGAAUGCUUGAUUGCCUAUAUAGGCAGCACAGCUAAAGCUGUGGUAAUAAUAACAGCUGUUAUUAUUAGUAUUAUUGCUAUUAUUAUUAUAUAUGCAUUCUUUCUUGUAUGUGCUUUAUAAAAAAAACCUAAUUUCUAUUGAACAAUAAUGAACAACUAAGAAUUAUAAAUGUAAAUAAGAAGAUUUAUUUUGAUAAAUAUCAGAUGAUAUGAUUUUCAGAUUUAUAAUAAAAAUGAACAGAAAAGAGU